UACUAAGAGCCAGUAGACCUGCUCACGGGAGUCAGGCCUGCAAAUACUAUAUUAAGGGGAAAAAAUAAUUUAAAAAGGACCGUUGAGAACAAUUGCAGUUCUCAAAUCAACUACGGAAUACGGAGACAAGUCCUUUUUUGGUUUUCCGGUUUCCCUUUUGAUUUUCCUGAAUCUGGAACCCCUCCUCUAUAUAUUAGCAGAAUGCGGUAAGGAAUCUCUGGUUUCCUUCCGCUUCUCCCCUCGUCUAUGACGGUUAUUGGAGUUGCUAGUUUAUGAUUAUAUGCUUUGCUGAUUUAUUGCGAGUAUUUGGUGUGUUAACUUAUAACGACAAGAAAAACUAGAGGCAAAUCAGUCUUUGUCAAAAAACACAAGGUUUCUAGAAUUGCUAAUUUAUACACAAUGCCGAUUUAACUUAUAAUGGCAGGAAAAGCAAGAGGCAAAUCAGUCUUUGUCGAAAAACACAGGCAAAAGACAAAUGGAGGGAAACAUGCGGAGGAUAAAAUGAGUCGAUCAGCAGGUGCACUUCUGGUGGAUAAGAUUAGUCAAUUACCAGAUGCGCUUCUGGAAUCUAUUCUCUCUCAUAUGACACUGAGAGAAGCAGCAAGGACCAGCGUCCUUUCAAGUCGAUGGUACAAAGUGUGGACUUUUAUCCCCGACUUAAAUUUUGAUGCUUCAGUUACUUUACGAUUCCUGGAGGUGCAACGAGUCCUGGAGGUGCAACGGAUUCAAGAAUUGCUUAUGAUAGAAAGGCAUAAAUAUGUAAAUUGGGUAAAUAGUGUGUUGGAGUCCUAUCAAGGUUUGACUCUGGACAAAUUUAGUGUUGGAUUUGAUUUGAAUGGGGAUUUUGGACAUGAUAUUGAUAGAUGGGUUAACUUUGCAUUGGAAAAGAAAGUUAGACGCCUUGUGAUAGACUUCCGUAAUUAUGCAGGUUACCCUCAGUAUGAGCAUUACCGUUUUCCAUUUACCGUUUUCCGUUUACCCUCAGGAACUUUGCAUACGCAUAAUGUGGGGUUUUCCAAAUGUAGUUCCCUUAGAGUCCUCCUGUUGAGGCAGGUAGCGAUAACUGGAGAUGUUGUUGAGUAUUUCCUAUCCAAUUGCCCAUUUCUUGAACAAUUAUGUGUAGAAGGUUCAGAUCUUAUUGUGGAUCUGAAAGUUCCUGAACCGCUACAUUGCUUGAAGUACUUAGAGGUCAAAUAUUGCUUCAAUGUGAAAAGCAUAGAUAUCUCUGCAACAAAUCUCUUUUCAUUUAAAUAUUUUGGCCCAAGAUUCAUCAUGUCUUAUGAGAAACUCCCCAACCUGGUCGAACUAGAUAUUAAGGGGCCUUAUUCAGACUAUAUUGUCGACAAUCCCUCGCUACUUUCAAAUUAUGCAUUUCGACUACAGACACUUCGGUUGAGGGUGAUGCACGUUAAGGAAAGUAUGGGGCUUCUCAGAUUUCCAGUGCUCACACGCCUCAAGACAUUGGAAUUGGCUGUUGAAGCAAAAGAUGGUGACAGCCUUCUCCUUUUUGCUCCCUUGAUAAAGGCAUCUCCCUCAUUAUGCAGAUUUACAAUGAAGCUAAGUCUUCAACUUCGUAACCCAUGUGGAAGAAGGAUACAACAAAAGCUUCCAAGAUGUCCUCAUCAAUGCCUCAAGGUGGUGGAAAUAAUCGGCUUUCAAGGGUGUACCAUUGACAAUGAGUUCGCUGCAUAUUUGGUUGAGAAUGCUGUUAUGCUAGAGAAGAUUAUCAUUGAUCCCCGUCAACCACUUCUGUUAGGAACCCCGUGGGAGUAUGAUCAUAUGGAGAAAAUACGUACUGCCAGGAAGCGUGCAAAGCAAUUCAAAACUAAUCUUUCUCUUGGAAGCAAACUACUGCUCCUUUGAGCUUCUAGGCAAUAUUUGAAGUUGGAUUUACCCAGAUGCAUUGUUAUUUAUAUGUAAUCGUUGUUCUCUGAGGUAACUACUUGUUUCUAUAAUCUUAUUGUUUCUCCGAGGUAAUUUGAUUUAGCUAUAUGC